AUGGAUAUUUUUGAGUUUUCAACAAAAAUUUGGAGCUCCAUACAUCAAUUGAGUUAUAAAUAUUGGAGUAAAGUUAUACGAUAUUUCAUCACUUUUAUAACAGUAUAUGUAGUCGCUGUGCCUGAAAGUUUACCAUUAACUGUAACACAAUCAUUAGAAUAUGCAGUUAAAAAAAUGAUGAAAGAUAAUAAUACUUUUCGUAAUUUCCAUGCAUGUGAAACAAUGGGUAAUGUAACGGCUCUAUGUUUUGAUAAAACAGGUGUAUUAACAACAAAUGACAUGACUGUUGUACAAGUCUAUGCUGCUGAAAAAUAUUGGAAAACUUUGGAAAAGUCAGUUGAAGCUAAAGAAAUUAUUAUACCGGCUAAUACAAAAGACAGUAUAUUUGAAUGUUUAUCUGUUAAUUGUAGUUAUUCAUCAAAAUUACUAUCUUCACCAGAAAAUGAAACACGACCGAAGCAAAUUGGAAAUAACACUGAAUGUGCUUUAUUAGGUUUUGUAGGUGCUCUUAAUGGAAAUUAUGAUGAAAUACGUAGACAUUAUCCAGAAGAAGAAUUUGUUCAUGUUUACCCAUUUAAUUCAAUGCGAAAAUAUAUGUCAACAGUUAUUCGAAGGCCUGAUUCAACUGUACGCAUGUAUACAAAAGGUGCAUCAGAAAUUGUUCUGAAAAUUUGUAAAACAAUAUUAAAUUGCAAUGGAGAAAAAGUGCCAUUUUCAAUUGUUGAUUAUGAUCGUCUUGUACAGACAGUAAUUGAACCAAUGGCAUAUGAUGGUUUACGUACAGUAUGUUUAGCAUAUAGAGAUUUUUCACCAGAUGAAUUACCUGAUUGGAAUGAUGAAGCUAGUGUUAUGGAGCAAUUAACAUGUAUUUGUAUGUGUGGUAUUGAAAAUCCUGUUCGAUUAGAAGUACCUGAUGUUAUAGCUAAAUGUCGAAAGGCCGGUAUAACAGUACAAAUAUUUACAGGAGAUAAUGUUAAUACAACUCGACAGAUUGCACUUAAAUGUGGAAUUAUAUCAUCGGAUGUUAGAUUUUUAGUACUUGAAGGAAAAGAAUUUAAUAGACGUAUAAGGUCAGAGCCAAAUGGACAGGUUGAACAAAAUUUAUUUGAUAAAGUUUGGCCACAUUUACGUAUACUAGCUCGUGCAUCACCACAAGAUAAAUAUGUACUCGUGAAAGGUAUAAUGAAAUCAAAAAUCAAUCCAACAGGCGAAGUCGUUGCUGUUGUCGGUGAUGGAACAAAUGAUGGUGCUGCUUUAAAAAAAGCUGAUGUCGGUUUAGUUAUGGUUAGUGUUGUUUCUAUCAUUUAUACAGGAGGAGAGAAUUAA